CUUCCAGGUUGGGUCGGACCUGAACCCCUAAAAGCGGAACCAGCUCCUGCCCUCGCGCCCGCCGCCUGCCCGGAGCUGAGCCGCCGGCAGCGGUGGCGGCUGACCGACCGGGAGUUUCUUCUCGCCCUGGAUGGAGCUGAACUUUGGGCGGCCAGAAGAGCGCAGCCGUCCGGGGACCGCUGCAUGCUGAGCUCCCGCGGCGAGACCCUGCGGCGGCUCGGGAUCUUUUGGGGGGCGGGGACCAGCUGCGCGCCGGCACCAUGUUCCUGGCGACCCUGUACUUCGCGCUGCCGCUCCUGGACUUGCUCCUGUCCGCCGAGGUGAGCGGCGGGGACCGCCUGGACUGCGUGAAAGCCAGCGAUCAGUGCCUGAAGGAGCAGAGCUGCAGCACCAAGUACCGCACGCUGAGGCAGUGCGUGGCAGGCAAGGAGACCAACUUCAGCCUGGCAUCGGGCCUCGAGGCUAAGGGUGAGUGCCGCAGCGCCAUGGAGGCCCUGAAGCAGAAGUCGCUCUACAACUGCCGCUGCAAGCGGGGCAUGAAGAAGGAGAAGAACUGCCUGCGCAUCUACUGGAGCAUGUACCAGAGCCUGCAGGGAAAUGAUCUGCUUGAAGAUUCCCCAUAUGAACCAGUUAAUAGCAGACUGUCAGAUAUAUUCCGAGUGGUCCCAUUCAUAUCAGGUAAGCAGACUUAUACUUCCACUCCGAUGCCUUCGCCUGCUUGA